UAUUCAUUAGCAAAACAAAACAUCUGAUAGCAAAAUGCUGUCCUUGGUGGAUGUGACUGCAACUGCAAAGAAGAAGAAGAAGAAGAAGCAAAACAAGAUAAUCUAAGAAAAAAAUAAUCAAUCAAUUCUUGGGUUGUCAAUAUGAAUUUCACCUUAGCAACGGCUCCAACUAUAUGUGGGGACAGGCUAGGUAACCUCAUUUUUGAAGUUGGUAAUAACUUUGCUGUAUUCACUGGGAUGGUGAUUACCAGCAACAGUUUGCAUUUUGUUCUAAAGCAUUAUGCACAACCUCGCAUCACUUCUGACAUUAUUGUGGGACUAAUUGCGGGCAACAUAAGAUUUGUUCAUAAGCUUGUUGAGAAAUUCAACAAAUCUUUUGGAUUCAUCAUUGAUUUUGGCAUGAUGUGUUACAUGUUCGCAUUGGGCAUAGAAAUGGAUCCUUUCUUUCUCUUGGAACGACCACGCAGGCAAGCUAAAGUUGCAUAUGCAGGAGUUAUCUCAACUUUCCUCCUAUCAGUUAUUGUAACCCCACUGCUGAUGUUCUUCCAAGGGGAAAACAAGCUUCUAGAAUUCACAUUCUUCCUCUCUUCUCUUGUUGCUAGCACAAGCUCCCCAGUCCUGACCCGUUUGAUAACUCACCUCAAAAUUGGGAAAUCAGAUAUUGGGAAGCUUGUGAUUGCAGCAGGGAUGCACUCAGAUUUCUUGAGCGCUUUGAUUUUUUCUUUCGGCUACAUCUUGGUUCCGUUGCCUCAAGUGUGCAACGACAUGGAGAAAGAUAUUAGCCUUAAAGAGACCAUUACCAUGGGUGGUGCUGUUUUAGGGCAGGUAGUGUUCACAGCAUUGGCUUCACCGUGUUUCAUGAAGUGGGUUAACAAUGAAAACCCUGAAGGAAGAGCCAUGAAAGGUCCACAUGUUGUGCUGUCAAUUGCAUUCUUGGUGUUAAUGUGUGCCUCCUCCACUAUGUAUGAUUAUAGUCCCAUUUUCAGUGCUUUCUUGGUAGGGGUUUGUGUCCCUAGAGAGGGUAGAGUUUCUAAGUGGCUGAUCACCAAAAUCAACUACAUGUUGACCACUAUUUUCUUUCCUAUUUUUUUCUUGUGGGUGGGGUAUGAAGCUAAUUUCAGUAAGUUUGAGAUUCGUUCCGCCGAAACAUGGUUACAAUUACUUGCAUUUAUGGUAGUGGUAGUGUCUGGAAAAGUUAUUGGGACAAUAGUUUCUGGGGCGGGCUUUCACUUGCCUGAAUCAGUUGUAACAGGAUUGCUCCUCACCACCAAGGGCCACUUGCAUAUCUAUUUAGCUAUCAAAGUGAUGAGUUGUGGUGCUACAACUGUUUCCACAGGCAUUGUGAUCAUAAUUUCAAUCUUUUUCACAAUUGUGCCAGCCCCAGCAAUUGUGGCACAUAUCAUAAAACGUGCAAGGAAAAGGGCACCUACUCAUCGCUUGGCCCUUCAAUUGCUUGAUCCCUCAACUGAGCUAAGGAUCCUCCUCUGUGUUCAGGGACCUCAAAAUGUUCCUGCUUCCAUCAACUUCUUGGAGAUUUCAAAAGGGGCAGCAGACGCUGGUGUUCUGGUAUAUGUUGCAGACAUGAUUGAACUCACCGAUGAAAUAUCAGCCACGUUAGAUAAGGAUGAACGAGUGCACACAGCCACUGUCAAAGACAAGCAAAUCAUGGACAUGAGGGAGAACAUAACCAGCUCAUUCCAAACCUAUGUGGUAGACAGUGACAGCAGAAUCACACUCAAAAGAACCAUGGCACUCUCAACAAUCAAUAACAUGCCACAAGACAUUUGUGUUUUAGCAGAGGACUUGAUGAUUGCCCUCAUUGUACUGCCAUUUCAUAGGAGCCAGCAUAAGGAAGGAACACUGGAUGGUGGUAAUCAAGGAUUUAGAUAUGUUAACCGAAAGGUACUGAGAAGUGCCCCUUGUUCAGUUGGUAUUCUAGUAGACAGAGGCCUUGGAACCGAGCGUGUAUCAAGAUGUCAAGAAGCACUAAAUGUGGCAGUCAUAUUCAUCGGUGGAAAAGAUGACAGGGAAGCACUUUCCUACGCUGGCCGCAUCUCACACCAUCCAGGAGUGAAGCUCACAGUCAUAAGAUUCCUGGUAGAAAGCAGUGUAGAAGCCUCAAGACUAGCCGGGUACAGGAUCAUAAUCCCAGAGCAGGAGAAAGAUACAAAGUUGGAUAAUGAGUUCUUUGCACAGUUCUACGAAAAUCACGUUUCUGGGGGUCAUAUUUCCUAUGUGGAGAAGCAUCUUGCUAAUGCUGCUGAGACAUUCUCCAUUCUCAGGUCGUUUGAAGGGAAAUACUCGUUGGUCAUUGUGGGAAGGGAAGGUGGAGUGAACUCUAUUUUGACAAAGGGCAUGAAUGAUUGGCAGCAGUGCCCGGAACUGGGGCCAAUAGGAGAUGUUCUUUCAGGACCAGACUUCUCAUUGACUGUCUCUGUAUUGAUCAUCCAGCAACACAGAGUCAAAGGAGAAAUAGAUGGGUUAGAUGAUGACUUCUCUAUCAUAUAAGUGUUAAAAUGAUAGUUUAGUCCUUAGCCAUAAGAAUCUAGGAAAAAGAAAGAAAGAAAGAAAUAAGGGUAGGUAGAGUAGAAGUAGAUACUGAUUGUAGGAAAGAAAUAGCAAACUGCUAGAGUCAGCUUUGAAAAUUGUAAAUAUAACAUCAUCUUAUUUUAUUUCUGUCAAGAAAGGGGAAUAUAUCUUAGAGAGGCUAUUAGAAUAGAGUUUAUCAUCAAGGUUUUAAAUUACAACUGCGGACCGCGGUCAUGCUUGUGAUUGCAUAACGAUUUUUGCCAUUACGGUUACAUUAGAUACUGCAACGGUAGAGACUGCAAUGUAUCUGUGACACUUAUGGUGGGCUUUAUUCACAACUUUGCACAAGUUAUAUUAAAACCAGAUUUAAA